CACUGCUGCAUGCCCGGGUGCUAGCUGAAGAACAGCGUCCUUCCAGAUCUGUACGUACGUGUAAGUCCGAAUAUCAUCGAUGGCACAGAGACCGAAACUACAGAUCAUAGCAAAGCGCCGGGAAGGUCAUGUCAUAUUGUCGAUGGAUGUGCACUCGGACCCGCUGAAGCCCUGGAUAAUGGCAAGUCAUGCGGAUGGGAAUGUGUCCAUUUGGGACUAUCAGACAGAGGCAAAAGUGUCAGAGUUCAGAGUCUCAGACGUGGAGGGUACCGAUACGUGGCAUAAUACCCACUGGAUUUGUUCUGCAAAAUUCAUUGCGCCUAAGGAUUGGAUUGUGGCUGGUGGUGGCGAUGGGUACAUCUAUGUGGUUUCAUAUAAGAUGAGGGAGCUAAAUAUGACAACGCAACAGGUCAAGAAAUUCAAAGCCCACGGAGGUAUUCGUUUUUUCAUGGGGGAGAAAGACCGCGGAAAAUGGGUGGAAUCGCUGGCGGUUCACCCAACUCAGCCAUAUGUGCUGUCAGCGUCUAUGGACAACCUGAUCAAGCUUUGGAAUCAUGAUUCCAACUGGGAUUGCAUCUGGUCCUUCAGCGGACACGAUAGCUUCGUGAAACAUGUAAUGUUUAGCCCGGAUGGCAAUCAUUUCGCCAGUGCUUCUGAUGACUGCACAGUGAAGAUCUGGAACAUUCGUAAACCCAAGGCUAUUGCGACACUGGCCUGCGGUCAGGACGCACAACAGCAUGUUGCUUAUUUUUCCAGGGGUGAUAGUCAGUAUGUAAUUACUGGAUCUUUGAGAGGAUCUGCACGGGUCUGGAAUUUGCAGACAAAUAAAAAGACAAAAAUUCUCCCAGGAACCACUCCAGAAAAUAAAGAUCUCGAAGGACUCGAUUAUGAGGUUCACGGUUGUAACAUUGGUGUGAUCAAUUUGGACCAAGACAAUACUAAUCCAGUUCUGAUUACUGUUUCCAAAGACAUGUCUAUAUCUUUCCUCGACCAGACUAGCUACGCUCCCAGGUUUGAAGAGCUUAAUGAUCUUUCUCGUGGACCACCUCAAGAUUUUGCGUACAUUGAGAGCACACGAAGCCUUGUAAUCGCAUGUCCCAGAGGAAUUGCAAUUGUCGACAUGAGUGAACAGAUGGAUGAUGAUAUGAGUGACAAUACGAAUGAUGACACAAAUGAGGACACAGAUGUACGGCCCAAACGACGUCGAUUGGAACCUAAGUGGAUGGCUGAUUAUGUCAUGAUCAAGGAUUGAUUAUGGCUAUGUGACGAAUUCAAUAACUUCACCAAAUGGACUGUUAUGUAGUCGUUUUGUUUUACCUUGAGCAUUUGGUUGUAAUAAUAUUUACUGUUUGAACUUUGUGACCUUUGGGCAGAACAGCCGAUUAGUGCAUCAGGUUUUUUGUCUCAUAGGUUAUACUAAAGUUUAGUGUAACUAGUGGGUUUUCCUGUUGUACAUCAAACUCGAUGCCAAUCAUCCAUUAUUUUCACUGUUUUCAUA